AUGGCUGACGACCCCAUGGAUAACAACAACGCUCAGCAAGCCCCUCAAGGCGGCAAUCCGCCGCAAGGCGCCUCCGUCAUUACGGCCGAGGACAUUAUGAGCACGUCGGAACAGGCGCACCUCCGCGAGUCCGCUCUCCACCACGACAACACCCUCGCAGGCCUCAACCAUCGCCUGGAGGACCUCGCCGUCACCUUGCGCGUCGAGAAUCGCACGAUGCACAUCUCUGCCACCAUGGGCUUCCAUCGAGUCGCCGAGAAGCUGCGGACCCAGCGCGAGACCAUGCGAUCGCUGGGCCGCCAGGUCAUCGACGCGGUGCGCGGCAUGUUAUUGGAGCUCGUGGAGCGCUUCUCCGGUUGA